GUUCACUAAACUCCCUUAAUAUAUAUCACUCUACGUUGCCUCUCAACUUUCAGUUUUCUCCUUCAGUAACCAAAUCAGUUUCUUCACGGCAGCCAUGGCUAGAUUGUUGGUGCUUUUCGCGAUGGUUCUGGUCCCGGUGCUCGUGAAUGGACAGAAGACUCCGUUCACUGUCCGCGGUCGUGUCUACUGCGACACUUGCCGGUGUGGCUUUGAGACCUCUGCCUCCACUUACAUUCAUGGUGCAAAAGUUAGAAUUGAGUGCAAAGACAGGGAUACUCUGCAGCUAAAAUACAGCAAAGAAGGAGAGACAGACUCAACAGGAACAUACAACAUCCAGGUUGAAGACGAUCACCUGGAUCAAAUUUGCUACGCCAAGCUCGUUAGCAGCCCGAUGGCGAGCUGCAAAAUACCAGGUCCAGGACGAGACCAUUCCCAAGUCAUUCUCACUCGUUCCAAUGGAGCCGUUUCUAAUCUCCAUUAUGCAAAUGCUCUCGGAUUCCUGAGGAAUCAGGUACUCUCAGGAUGCGCUCAAUUUCUUAAGCAAUACCAGCUCCAAGACGAUGUUAUUUAGAAGACGGGAUCACGACCAGGAUUCUCUCCUGACCUGAGUUUUACUUGAGCAGAAAACAAAACUGUUUUAAGCGAUUCUAUUCAGGAUGAUCCUAAUUCUUAGAAUACUAUAGGAAGAGUGUUCUCUUUAUUAUGUUUCUUUUUACAUGAUAUGUAGUUUGGUCACUUCUGGUGGCAUUAAAAUCUAUGGAUCCGUUUGUUUUAUUAUUUUGAAUAGGAUUUUGGGAAUAAUAUUGGAUAGAUGAG